UCAGUACCGGAGAAGUGGUAGUUGGAGAAUAUUUUGACGAUUUGGGUAAAAUAAGGAGCAGUGUACCAUUCUUUAGGGCCUCCUGAACACGUUCCUGAAAUUUCUUUGCAAUCUGUUUAGCAGUAACGAAGAAAGGUGUGUUCUCGUCUCUAGGGAUUAUUCUAGGGACUGUCCUUGAGUUUUCUGAUUAAUUGUUUUUACGCUAGAUGGCAGUAGAAAGAAGAUAAAGGAAAUAAAGAAUAACGGUAAAUUACAGAGGUGGUAGUGGCGGGGAUAAAUAGCGAAAUAUGUAGUGCGGGGGUGGAAUGACUGGUAGGAGAGAAAGAGAAUGAAUACAUUCGAACAGCAAAUCGCAAAGAGGGAAAUGUACGAUCCCAAUUUACAUAACCUAUGUUUUUGGGAUUCGAUUUAUUUCGAGUUUCGUGUGUUUGAUGCGUCUUACAAAAAUUCACGGAUCGGUUUGGAAUAAUGACUAAAUACACAUCAGUUCGAUGUAAAACGGAAUGAUGUUAUUCAACUGAUAGAGAAACGGUUCAAGUUAGUGUUCUUACACGACUUUAUGCAAUAUUUUUCGAAGAAUGAGCGGUUGAAAGAAGAAAUCACAAUGAAAUAGUUAUGUUGCCUUCGACUGGUUACUUUAAAGCUAUCGGUUGUCCAUUUUACGAAAGUGGAAGCUGCGAUAGACCUUACUGUCAUUUUAAGCAUUCGAAACGGGUUUUAGAAGAUGUCGGGGUUACCGCGGAAGCAACCGAGACGGUGGAAAGCGGUGCUGUGGGUCAGGUUCAAGAGGCAAAAGCUUGUACGAUGGUAUCGUCCGGUUCAGAUGUUUUACAAAAAUUAGUAACGGAAGCUGUUAAAAAAGUUCUCGCAAAUCAAGAUGCCACGAAUGCGGAUCAAUUUUCUUGUCAAAAUGUUGUUUCCCAAGUCGUAGAAGGACUAACGCCAACCUUAACACCUGGAUCAUCCAAUACUUUUGAUACUGUAGCAACUAAUACAACGGAGAAUAGAGUAGACGCGUCAACGUCUGUGUCGGUCAGUAAAGCAAUUCCAUGCGUUUACAAUCCAACACCAAUUGCAGAAUUAAAGAAACGUCAUAUACCAAUAGUAUCUUACAUGCCAACCAGAGACAGUAGAGUGGCAGUGAAACGUAAAUGUUCUCCGGAUGGGAUAAAAGCUUGGUUGGCUACAAGCUGCGAAUCCGGUGAAUCAAUUGAAACUGAUUGUGAAAUUAAAUACAAACCUACAGUGAUAGUCAAUUCUGAAAUUCGAGAUACUACACAAAGUUACAUACCUACGUACAAGUCAGAUUCAGCUCCAGCAUAUUUCUAUAAGGACGAGAGUUCGAACGAAUAUCUGUUUAAGCUGAGAGAAUCGUAUUAUCCAAAGUGUAAGAAAAGAAGAGAGGAAUAUGUUCCAAAGAGGGUAAAGACGCCGUUAAAAACUGUCGAGGGAUUGAAUGAAUCUGCGUUAGAGCAAUUCAACAGAGGCUUUGGUACGAUUGACGAAUCACUGGUUCUCUCCAAAUCUACUUCUGCGAUUCAAUCUAAAGAGUUGUUUCAAACUUCUUGCAUGGACUUGGAAGCGAAAUUUUCCGACGACGACGACGACGACGACGACGAUGACAAUGAUGAUGAUGAUGAUGGUGACGAGGACGACGACGUCGAAGAGGAGGAAGAAGAUGAGAAUAACCAUGAAAAUAUAAAUAAGAUUGAUUCUGAAAAUGCUAAUUGUACAUCGGUAGAAGAAAACGAGCUUUAUCGUAAUGUUAGGAGAUUUGACUGUUUAAACGGUAAGAGAGGUCACGAUGCAGUGAUCGAAGAGUGGUCGCAGGUAAAGGUUGAAAAUGAAUGCGACGAGGAGAGAAAUUGUAAUGGAACAGUAUUGAGAAACAGUAACGUUCCGAAGCAGGUGAAAUUAACGAGUAAAGAAGGUGGAAAACCGUUGCUACACGAAGAGAAAAAAGUACCGAAAGUAGAUACGGAUCAAGUUGGCAGCGUAAAUUCGAAAGAAUUUAAAAGCAGGGAUAAAAAUAAAGAAAAGGAUCAAAAGGAUUGUGAUAAAUCUCAUAAACGAUAUAAAGUUUCGAAGCGUGAUUCGUACGAAACAUCACGUUCAGCGACUCAUAGUAAAAGCAAAACUAAGAGUCACGUGGAACGCGAAAAAGAGAAAGAAUCAAGGAGUACAAAGAGUGAUAAGGAUAAAAGUAGUCACAAGGAUCGUAAGAAGCAUAGAAGUAAAGAGAGGGAGAGGGAGAGAGAAAGAGAAAGAGAAAGAGAAAGAGAAAGAGAAAGCGAAAGGGGUGGAAGUAGACAUAAAACUAAUAAGAGGGAUAAAGGAGAAGAUUAUCACGAGUCGGAGAAAUGUAACGAACGCGAGUCCAAGAAUUGUUCGGAUUCGUCGAAAAGGCGGGAACAUAUCGAGAAGAGAAACGAUGAAAGUAAGCGUUCGAAAAGGAAUAAGAAAUCGGACGAUAAGACAAGUGGGAAAUUUCGUAGGCAUGCAAAACACAGGGAAGGAAGAAGUUCAGUCGAUAGAUCGGUGAGUUCGUUGGAAGGUAACACUGGGUGGAACCCGAUCGAUGAUGAUGACGAUGAAGAAAACAAUGAUUACAAUGAUAAUAAUAUGAUGAGCAUGGACAUUGACGUAACUUUUAGUACAUCCGAUUCAGAUCAUGAUGUACAAGAGGAGUGCUUAAAAAUAUUUCAGGAAUAUCAAGUACCAGAACGACCAAAACCGAUGGAGUCAUCGAAAGAAUUACCGUUGCACGAAAAGGAAGAAAACGAAGAGAUUGGUAGGAAAAGAGUGGCGCAUCCUUCAGCGGCUACAUGUGUUACCAGGCAAACGGGUGUUAAUCAGCAAGGGAAAAAAGUGAUACAUCCACAACAGAAGAUGUACGAAAGGUGGCGUUUGAUGCGAGAUGCUGUAGUAGAAAAAAGUAUUUCUACUGUAGCCGAGGGAGGUAGUUCUGGUGGCGGCGGCGGCUGUAGUAGUAGUAAUAACGUUAUCAAGGAUGUACGUCGUAAUUGCGUAGAAACGGCAGCAACCACCACGUGUAACAGCGAACUCAAAUUGAACGGAGGAAAUGGUCGCGUGAGAAUUGCUCAUGUGCCGUACGCAAAGUCUCUAGCGAUAGAGAAAAAGAAAGUGAGAGAAAAUGCGGUAGUAGCGGCAGCGGCGGCGGCGGUAUCGGCAAUAGUAGCAACGCCGGUGUCUUCAAAAUUGACAGAGUCACAAAAAACAGCAGCGCAAACUGCCAAGAGUGGUGUACGAAUCGCGCAUGUUCCACAAGUGGUUCCUCAAUUAAUACGGCCUGAACCAUUGCAAGUGGCUACUCAAAAAUUUCCCUUAAACGUUCGUCAGUAUUACGUGAAUAUGAUGCACGACGUGUGCGUGUUAAUUUACACGAAUGCCGAGGAUGCAGCACAGCGUGCGGUUAAAGAAGAACACGCUUGUCACGAAAGAUGUAAAGCGUUAGCCGUUUAUAAAAAUUCUUGUAUGCUCGCCGCGCACCGAUUGAGGAAAGAAGUUGAUCAGAAUCAGUCGGCAGAAAAUAAUGCGGCGACAACAUCAGGUAACAUCAUAGUAUCCCAUGAAGCGGUACUUGCUGGAAAAGCAAAGGGUUCUUGGAGUGUUCUCAAGACAAAGAAAUCCGUUACGGAGUUUAGGGGAGUAGCGUUAUACGGUAUGUUGAAGAAAUGGAUAAUGACGGAACAGCAACUUCGAGAUAACGGAUUUCCUCGGCCACAUCCGGAUGGUCAAAAGGGCCGUGCCAAAGUUUAUGUAAUCAAUUCUCGAAAUCAGAGUGUCUUGUCGAAAGUGCCUAACGAAAGAGUUUGUUGCCGUUGCGGUCAAACUUAUAUGAUCGAUAAACAAGGAUUUGCAUUGCAAUCGCAGAACUGUAUAUAUCAUUGGGGUAGAAAAUUCACGAUCAGAGGAGAGGGUAAAUACAGUUGUUGUCAACAAUAUGGUUCCGCGACUGGUUGUUGCGAUGCAAAAACACACGUUUGGGAUUAUACCGAUUACGAAAAUCUUCGCGGUUAUGUAAAAACCUUGCCAAAAGGUACAACGAUCGAGGAACAAGGAGUGUACGCGCUCGAUUGUGAAAUGUGUUAUACGACACAGGGAUUGGAAUUGACUAGAAUAACGAUCAUUGACGAAGAUUGCAAUGUAGUCUACGAAACGUUGGUCAAACCGCAAAAUCCUAUAAUCGAUUAUAAUACAAGGUUUUCUGGGAUAACGGAAGAAAGCAUGAAGGAUGUGGCGACUACGUUAUUAGAUGUCCAAGCAACGAUACUAACAAUGUUUUCGGAGAAAACGAUAUUAGUAGGUCACAGUCUGGAGAGUGAUUUCAAAGCUUUAAGGUUAUUACACGAGACCGUGGUCGACACAAGCGUCAUGUUUCCGCAUAAGAACGGAUAUCCACAGAAGAGAGCAUUGAAGAACCUUUGUUCCGAAUAUUUGAGAAAACUCAUUCAAAAUGAUGUCGGUGGACAUGACAGCAAAGAGGACGCUAUGGCCUGCAUGGAGUUGAUUCUUUGGAAAGUUAAAGAAGAAGCAAAGUUGCAAUAAAACGAUAUUGAACACGUAUAAUCGUUCUGUUGGACUGAAUCACCUACUGCUUAUGAUUUUACAGCUUGCGAUACAAUGAUAAUCUUGUACCAUAUAUUUUACUUUACGUAUAAAAAGUACAUGAUACACGUGUUAAUUAUAGAAUCGAAUCAUGUCAUGAAAAACCGUUGUUCCACGUUCAAAUUACACUCGCGAUUCUAUGAUAGUUCGGUCGUUCGUUUCUUAGUAGAUUCGUACUUUUAUAAAAUUUUGUUAUUACAGCGCUUGCAAUGUUUAGAGUGAUUCAAAUUAUGUCUAUGAUGAACGUUCGUAAUGCAUUGAAGAAAGGGGCGAGUCAAGCGCGAUGACGACUACCACGAGGAGUAGGCUGAUGACGGAAUCGAGAAGAAGGAGAAAGAUAUUAUCGCCCGCAAUGCAUCUGUUUCUUUGGUUGUCUUUCAAAUUGUACAAGAUGUAAACUUAUUUUUGGACGUUCAAACUCUUGCAAUAAACAGACUCAAAUAUUUUCUA